ACACUCCCUCAUUCUCUCACUGCAAUGUCCACAAAUGGCAGCUAUUAGACUCCGCUAGCUAUAAUCUCAGUCACCUGAAUGCUCAGUAAAUCUACUCGUUGGGGUUUAGCUAACAUCACGGAAAGGAUGCGUUUCUUGGCGCUGUAACUCCGAACAAGGGGAGAAAAGGAAAAGAAGAUCUAAACCAAGAUUGUUUAAAAAAAAAAAAAACAUAAUUCUUGGCCUCACUGGAACUCUCCGAUGAUGCCUGAGGUUCGGGACCUUUCAGAUGCACUGCCGGAGUUGCCCAUGGACCCCAUCACUGGCGUGGGGGUGGUGGCCUCGCGAAACAGAGCGCCUACUGGCUACGAUGUGGUUUCCCAAACAACAGAUGGCCUUGACGCUGACUUGUGGAAAGACGGCCUGUUCAAAUCCAAGGUGACGCGCUACCUCUGUUUCACCAGGGUGUUCUCUAAAGAAAACAGUCAUUUAGGAAAUGUGCUGGUGGACAUGAAGCUCAUCGACAUCAAGGACACUCUGCCCGUAGGUUUUAUUCCCAUCCAGGAGACUGUGGACACACAGGAGCAGGCCUUCCGGAAGAGGAGGCUGUGUAUCAAGUUCAUCCCACGGGACUCCACAGAGGCAGCCAUCUGUGACAUCAGAAUCCUGGGCAGGUCCAAGCAGGCCCCACCGCAGUACACCUUCAUAGGAGAGCUCAACAACAUGGGGAUCUGGUAUCGCAUGGGGAAGGUCCCGCGUGCCCAGGAAUCUUCGCCAACCCCAGCCACCAAUAACAUCCAGAACAUCAACUCGACGGCUAACACCACCCCAACCCCAGCAGCCCCCCUGCCCAAACAUAUAUCCAUGACACUCCCCGCCAGCUUCAAAAGGCAAACCACUACCAGACCAGACUAUGAACACCAGAACUCCAGCCUGUACGCCAUAUCAGCAAUGGAUGGAGUGCCUUUCAUGAUCUCUGAGAAGUUUGCCUGCGCUUCCGAUGAUCUGCAGCAGGUGGAUCUGAUGGGCAUCACAAUCAAGUCCCUGACAGAGAUUGAGAAAGAGUACGAGUAUAGUUUCCGCACGGAGCACAGCGCAGCAGCGAGGCUGCCCCCCAGUCCCACACGGACCUCCAUGGGCUCUGAGGCCUGAGCCUCCCCCCAGUCCCACACAGAUCUGAGCCUCCCACUCCCCCCUUCCCCCUCCUCCCCUACGGAGAGACCUGAGC